GGCAGCCAGGGGUAACAGCCAAGGGGAAGCCGCGGGAGCAGCAGCAGCAGCAGCAGCAGGCUACCGUUGUUCCCCAUCUGCGAUCCGCCACCACCACCAUCGCCAGCCAAGACUCCGGACUGCUCGCUCGCUUGGAUUGCUCUAGGACCGCAAGAGACACGGGCGGAGACGUUACUUGUUCAAGGGCCGUGGGGGGCUCUAUACAGCCGAGGACACUUAAACCCAAGUUCGGGUAACAUCGAGCCGCACAAGGAUACUGGUCACUCUCCACUGGGUUCAAGCAGGGGACGUCCUUGCUCUCGGAGCCGGUUAUUGCUCGAGGCUCACCGUCUCUUCCUUCUGUAAAGGUUUUUGCCACUUCGGGGCGAGAUCUCUGCCAUGGAGUUGUCAGGCGGUCUCUUUCUCCUUCUCAUGCUUGGGGUCCACGCAUCGAAUCAGAUUCCAGAGUCGGGUGAUGAUAACAGUGUUUUCGAUCUCUUUGAGUUAAUUGGCUUUGGUCGCAAGGGAGCAGCCCGCAAGGCAGCAGGGGUUCAUCCAGUAAAGGGACCAGAGAUUUCCAGCCCGGCCUACCGCAUUGAGGAUGCCAACCGUAUCCCUGCUAUUCCUGACCACAAAUUCCAAGACAUUCUUUAUGCCAUCCAAGCUGAGAAGGGCUUCAUUCUUUUAGCGAACCUUCGCCCAGUAAAAAAGAAUCCUGGCACCCUGCUGGCUGUUGAGCGUAAGGACAAUUCAGGCCAUGUCUUUAAGCUGGUCCUAAAUGGCAAGGCCAAAACAUUGGACCUAAGUGUCUUUCCCAAGGAGGGCAAUCAGACUCUGGUGUCAGUGGAGAAUGUUGAGUUGCCCAAUGCCCAAUGGAACAACAUCACCCUCUUAGUCCAAGAGGAUCAAGCCCAACUUUAUGUGGGAUGUGACAAGAUCGAUAAUGCUGAGCUGGAAAUACCAAUUCAGAACAUCUUCACCAGAGACUUGGCUAGCAGUGCCAGACUCCGCAUUGCCAAAGGAGGAUUCAAUGACAAUUUCCAGGGAAUGCUGCAGAAUGUGCGGUUUGUUUUUGGAACCACACUGGAAGCCAUCCUGAGGAACAAAGGCUGUGAAAGCUCUAUCAGGUCAACUAUUAAAGUUGGCAACCACAUGAAUGGCUCCCGUCCAGCCAUCCGUACAAACUACAUUGGGCACAAAACAAAGGAUAUCCAGGCAAUUUGUGGAUUCUCCUGUGAUGAACUAAGCAAUGUGUUUGUAGAACUGCAAAGCCUGCGUGCCUUGGUCACAAAACUUCAGGAUUCAGUUCACAAGGUGAAUGGUCUUAUGGAAUUCGUUGGUGGUGGGUUUGAGAUUAGUCCUGGAGCGUGCCUCCAUAAUAAAGUGGUGUAUCAAAACACAGCAGAAUGGACCACUGAUAGCUGCACGACGUGUACUUGCCAGAAUUCUGUCGUUAUCUGUCAUAAAGUAUCUUGUCCUGUCAUGUCUUGUUCUAAUGCCACUGUUCCUGAUGGAGAAUGCUGCCCACGAUGCUGGCUCAGUGACUCUGCAGAAGACAUUUGGUCUCCUUGGUCUGAAUGGACUACCUGCUCUGCAACCUGUGGGAAUGGAAUCCAGCAGAGAGGACGUUCAUGUGACAGAAUCAACCAUCACUGUGAAGGCUCCUCUGUGCAAACACGAAUCUGCAACAUGCGGGAAUGUGAUAAGAGAUUCAAGCAGGAUGGUGCCUGGAGCCACUGGUCCCCUUGGUCUUCUUGCUCUGUCACUUGUGGAACCGGAGUGAUCACUAGAAUCCGACUGUGCAACUCUCCUCUUCCACAAAUGGGUGGCAAAGAGUGUGAAGGAGAAGCAAGAGAAAAUAUGCCCUGCCAAAAAAGCCCUUGUCCAAUUAAUGGAAACUGGGGACCAUGGUCCCCAUGGGACACCUGCCCAGUCACAUGUGGAGGGGGUGUUCAGAAGCGUGAACGUCUCUGCAACAAUCCUGAGCCCCAGUACGGAGGGAAGGAUUGUAUUGGUGAAGCUUAUGAUAACCAGAUCUGCAAUAAGCAGGAUUGUCCAAUUGAUGGAUGCCUAUCUAACCCUUGCUUUGCGGGAACAACAUGUACUAGUUUUCCUGAUGGCUCAUGGAAAUGUGGUGCAUGCCCUGCUGGCUAUCGUGGAAAUGGGGUUAAAUGCAAAGAUAUUGAUGAGUGUCAAGAGGUCCCAGAUGCCUGCUUUGUCUUUGGUGGAGUGCACAGGUGUGAAAAUACUGAGCCUGGUUACCACUGCCUACCUUGCCCAUCACGGUUCACUGGAACACAGCCAUUUGGCCAAGGUGUUGAAAAUGCAAUAGCAAAUAAACAGAUCUGCAAACCACGUAACCCAUGUGCUGAUGGAACACAUGACUGCAACAAGCAUGCCAAGUGCAUUUACCUUGGCCACUUCACAGACCCCAUGUACCGCUGUGAAUGUAAACCAGGCUAUGCUGGUGAUGGGAAGAUCUGCGGAGAAGACACAGACUUAGAUGGGUGGCCAAAUGAGAACCUUGUUUGUGUUGCCAAUGCUACCUACCACUGCACUAAAGAUAACUGCCCCAAUCUUCCCAAUUCUGGGCAAGAAGACUAUGAUAAGGAUGGAAUUGGUGAUGCUUGUGACGAUGAUGAUGAUAAUGACAACAUUCCAGAUGACAGAGACAACUGUGCAUUCAUUUACAACCCACAACAAUAUGACUAUGAUAGGGAUGAAGUUGGUGACCGCUGUGAUAACUGCCCCUACAAUCAUAACCCUGAUCAGAUAGACACUGAUAACAAUGGAGAAGGAGAUGCCUGUGCUGUGGAUAUUGAUGGAGAUGGCAUUCUCAAUGAAAGAGAUAACUGCCCAUAUGUGUACAAUGUGGAUCAAAAGGAUACAGACUUGGAUGGUGUUGGAGAUCAGUGUGACAACUGUCCUAUGGAACACAAUCCAGACCAGACGGAUUCUGACUCUGAUCGCAUUGGUGACAAAUGCGACAGCAACCAGGACAUAGAUGAAGAUGGUCAUCAAAAUAAUCUAGAUAAUUGCCCCUAUGUGCCUAAUGCUAACCAAGCUGAUCAUGAUAAAGAUGGGAAAGGUGAUGCCUGCGACCAUGAUGAUGACAAUGAUGGCAUUCCAGAUGAUAAAGAUAAUUGUAGAUUGGUUGCCAACCCAGACCAACUUGAUUCUGAUGGUGAUGGGAGGGGAGAUGCAUGCAAGGAUGACUUUGACAAAGAUAAUGUUCUAGACAUAGAUGACAUUUGCCCUGAGAAUGUUGACAUCAGUGAAACAGACUUUCGCCGAUUUCAAAUGGUUCCUCUCGAUCCAAAGGGAACAUCUCAAAAUGAUCCCAACUGGGUCGUUCGUCACCAAGGCAAAGAACUGGUUCAGACUGUCAACUGUGAUCCUGGACUUGCAGUUGGUUUUGAUGAAUUUAAUGCUGUUGAUUUCAGUGGCACAUUCUUCAUUAAUACAGAAAGGGAUGAUGACUAUGCUGGCUUUGUGUUUGGAUAUCAGUCAAGUAGUCGUUUCUAUGUUGUCAUGUGGAAGCAAGUUACCCAAACUUACUGGGAUCCAGAGCCAACCAAAGCUCAGGGAUAUUCAGGUCUUUCUAUCAAAGUAGUGAACUCAACCACAGGUCCUGGAACACACCUUCGUAAUGCAUUGUGGCACACUGGAAAUACCGCUGGUCAGGUGCGGACUUUGUGGCAUGACCCUCGUCACACAGGCUGGAAAGAUUUCACAGCCUACAGAUGGCGUCUCAGUCAUAGACCAAAGACUGGUUACAUCAGAGUUGUAAUGUAUGAAGGAAAGAAGAUCAUGGCUGAUUCUGGUCCUAUCUAUGACAAAACCUAUGCUGGUGGACGGUUAGGAUUAUUUGUCUUCUCUCAAGAAAUGGUGUUCUUCUCAGACCUUAAAUAUGAAUGUAGAGAUCCAUGAUCACAAGGCAAUUGACAGAGAGAUUAUUUCAAAAUGCUGAUAUUGCACCUUCUGAAAUGUUUAGUUUCUACAAACCCUGGGACCUUUUUUUAGCUCUUUUCUUUCUUCUGCCUUCAUAAAAUAGAGACUCAAAAUACAUGACCUGCCUCAAGAAAAUGCCUUUGACAGAGAGAGAGAGAGUGAGAAAAAAAACCACAGCAAAGUACACUUCCUAUCUGACCUCUCUUGGCCACAGAAGAAAAAAAAUGUCUUUCAUGAAUAAGAACAUUCCUUGCCUCAGGAGCGAAUAGUCACUUCUGUAAGAAAGGCAUUUGUAUAGCUGGGCAUUGUCACUGCCUCUCUGUAACUGGAGGUCCAAUGGAAUAGCACUUUUGCAGUAAGAAUAUUUCUGUGAUGUAUUAUGGACUACUUAAAAUUAACUAUACUCAUCAGCAUAUAGAAGAGGAACAGGAAAGAGACUAGGAAAGUUUAGAGACAAAUGCCUCAUUUUUUUGAAAUGGGUCUAGACUCCCUUAAAGUGAUACCCAGGUGAAUUGGAGGGUCUGUUACAUGCCUGUUAAAUAAUAUGAUCCUAUGCAUGUUUAUUCACAUGCAAAGUCCAGUACAUUCAGAUGGGACGUACAUAAGUAUCCAUAGGACUACAGCCUAAUUUGGUUUCAGUUAAUAGAAACUAUCAUGCUUGAUUACAUAGGAAAAUUAGCUAAUCUGGUUGGCUAGCCCCAUGCAGCAUUAGAUUUUAACAGUUCCACUGUGGAGCAAAAGGAAAACAAUAUUGGCACGCUAGAUUGUACAAGCUUGGUCAGAACGGUGUUUCAGAGGAACAAGAGAGAAUAGCAAGUGUACAUGUGUCAUAGAGGUUUGAUAGCAGAGGUAGCUAGUACUGAUGUAGCAAGAACAUUAAGGUGCCAACGGGCAUCUUCAUCUCAAUUCAGCGCUUGUAUUGGCCAUCGAGGAACUACGGUUAUUGUUUCUUUUAUUUUGUUAUGGUUACAAUGGCACAAAAAGCAACAAACAAUUGAAUAUAAAAUCUUUUUCUAUAAAAUGCAGUAGUUUUUUAAAAUGUUUCUAAAACAUUGACUUUUGUAGAAGCAAAUGUGUAGAUAAAGUGUAACAUAUUUAUUUUUUACCUAUCCUCUCUGUUAUGACAAAAAAAGGACUAUAGACUGAAACAGAAACAAUGCGUCACGACUAUCCACAUAAUCAUUUUUCUACAUGUCUCCAUGACUGAAAGAUUGUAAAUACAGGUUAUUUAUUGUUCUAGAGUGAACCUAGAGUAUCAGUUUAGGAAGAUAUUUCAUUUGCAAAGAAUAACCUUCCCAUGAACAACAUGGGACUCAUUAAAACCAGACAGAUGGGGACUGGACUUAAAUUUUGCUCUCAAUGUGUGUUUAUGUCUUCCUCUGCACAAGACAGCUGGCAAAAUACCCUCGUCAGCUACUUAUCAUUGCAUUGCCAAACCACAAGUAUGCUUAAAUGUUAGCUGUUCUGCUGCCUUCUGUCUUUUAAGAAAGGAGAGAACAUAGCUUUUCUAUUAACGUUGGUCACAAUCCACUGUCAGUUUACACUCUUAUUCAUUUUAACAUAAUUUGCAGAGGAGAUGUUCUCAGUGGAUUGCUGCCCUGACCACCUUUGUAUUGCUAUAUGAAUUCCACAGGGGUAACCAUGUUAGACUGUUGCAGAAAAAUAACAAAGAAUCAGGUUGCUUCUAGACUGUUUUAUCGAACAUUUAAUGGACAUUUGAGGGCGCACAACCUGAUUGUAUUUGUAGAAGUGGGCUAUGUCACCACAAAAGUUGAUAUUAGAUAUAAUAAAGGGCUUGGUUAUUAAGGUGCUUUUUUUAUUUUUUGUUAUGGGCACAUUGCCAUUGGUCAAUGUGUCAAACAAAGGUUCCUGCCUUGAGGAGGCUGCAGACUACAGGAAGAUACAGCGUAAGAAUAGUUUGCCUUCUCCAGAUCACACACCUUAAUCACUAGUGUGUGUUUGGAGGAGAAAAAGUGCUUUGUGGUGAGAUUUCAGGAGCGUUAUUUUAAAGAAUGCUCAUGGUAUAAAAGGCAGUUUGUACUUUUUAUCUACAAGCUGCUUCUUAAUAGGAAAAAAAGAAUGUCAAAGGUGAAAGUUUAAUGUACAAAUAUUACCUCAUUGCUGUGUGACUGAGAAAAGAGGAAAAAAAAAACCUUUGGAUUAUAAAUACCUAACAAAAUUUAAAGCUACUGUAGUAUUGAGGAGAGCAAAAUGAUUUCAAGCUGUAUAUAGUAAAAAUUGUUUUUGCAGAUACAUCUAUUCCCAUUUUAUUAAAAAAAAGCAUUGAAACAAUGCUGAGAAUGAUCUAUGAUAUUAUGUUAGAGUGGUUCCCCCAUCGUCCUGUACACCAUUCCUUGUAUUUGUAUAAAUUAUUUUUCCAUUACUGUUGGAACAGUUAAUCUCUUGUUUGUGUAGAUAUGCUAUUUAAAUAAUUUAUCAGGAAAUGCUACCUAUAGAGCUGUAGUGUUUCUAUUUUUAUAAAAAAAUUUGCACACUGAA